CCGAAGGAGAGAGGUCAUACCUAGCUUUGAUUUUGUCUCGUCUGGUGUUCUUGGGUAAAAAUCAGCACUUGUUAGGACUUUCGGAUCUCGUGGCAACAAAUGAUCUGUUUGAAACUGUAACUCCAUAAUGGUAGAAAUAACCUCUGCUCCCCCCACGCUUUUAUCGGCCGAACAGGCGGAGAAAAUUGUGAAGCAAUUGGCGCAAGUGAAACGGGAAUGCAAGCACGCAACUGACAGCCUACAGAGUCAGGUAGCUUUUCUCACGAAGCAGCUGGCGUCGACAAAGAAAGAGCUUCAGCGCGAAGGCGACCUUCAUCAGUCGCGCAUUACGGAACAGCAGGAGACGGUAAGCACGCAGGUUAUCUUUUGAAUCCUUUCCUUCGGCCAUCAUCAUGAUCAUCUUCAUCAUUCGGCUGUUUUGCCGCGCGUGUUGAUGUAUCUGCAGAUAGUCUUCAGUUGAGCCCUCUGCAUAGGUCUAAGAUUUUAUCCAGCAAAUAUACGCUUAUCUCAGAUUGCGCGUCAGGAUGAGGAGCUCCGGGAUUUGCUUGAGCGGAAGUUCGAGCUCGAACAAGCCCUGUUGGAUUCCUAUAUUCGGCUCGCUGAGGAAAAGGAUCGUGGCGACAAGCUGCAAACCGAGCUGCGGCAAAGCGAAGACAAACGCACCGCCGCCGAGCAGGAAACGCAGGAGGCGUUGCAGUUCGCAGAGGACACCGUCACCGAAAAUGUGGCUUUCCAGGAAACAACAGAGCGCAUGCGGGAGGAACUUCUCGAUGUGCAAGUUUUGUGUCGCAAGUUGACGUACUACAAAAACGUAGACCUCCCAUCUGCGCUCCGGGAGGAGGGAAUUGGAAUUGGAAACGAACACGAUGAAAAUGAGGAUGUGACAAGGAGGGAAACAGAGGGUGGGCUCUUUUUGCAGGAAGGGCAUGCAGAAAUAACUCCGGAGAAAGCCGAAACGAGCAACAACUCGGCUGUUCCUUCAAAGGAAAAAAAUAGUGGCGUCGAAGAAGACAAUCCGUUUGGCAAGAGCGACGACUUUGACUUCGUACGACGGGAAGUUCAGCGAAUGGAGGAACAGAGGGCAGAAGAGAUCGAUCGAUUGGAGAUGGCGAUCGAGCGCAUGGAAACCGAGCGCUUUCCACGGCCCGUUGUUGGCAGCGGAGAAGAAGAAGAAGUAGUUAACGCUUGUCAAAUGAAUCCUGUCGAUGCAGCCACAUCGGCAGGAGACGCAGACCUGCUUCUUGCAGAGAAGCAGAAGAACCCGUCAACAGAUUUAUCUUGUCAUGAAGCAUGAUCAAAGCAAUAACCUUGAAUCUGUAUCUGUGUAAAUGAAAAUCUUCUAAAUCGUGGUUUUAUAUGAGUGUUCGACGUGAAAAACGUCAGAAGACAGACAUCGAUGUAAAAAUUAUUUGAUUUUUUGCAACUGUGUCCUUUCGACUACAGGCUUGCAACUAAAAAGCAAAUAAAGUGCCUAGCAAU